AUGUCCGACCAGAAAGAUGGCUACAAGCUCGUCCCCGAUGCAGACAGCGACCAGGAGGUUUCUACAGAGAGCCUUGAUGAUGUUGAGGAUGGCAGUUCGGGCUCAUCGCAGCGCUUGCAGAACUACCCCAGCGCUGCACAGAGCUCUUUGAAGGGCACGGCCGUCGGGGCGUCCGAGUCUGUCAAAAUUGAAUGGAAGAAGCUGACGCCAGAGGAGCAGAGGGUGCAAGUCCUCGCAGGCAGGGCACUGCGCACACUCAACGAGAAAGCCAAGUUGCUUAUCACCGUUGAGAACGACUCCGUUUACGGAGCAGCACUGGCUUUGCCACAGGUCGCUCGCACUGCGGGGUGGAGUUUGGAAUACACAAGCCUUGCCUGCCACAGCAUGAUGUUUCUUUUGACGAAUCUUCUUCUUCAAGGAUUUCUCCUUUACAUGCUGUCGAAGGAGCUACGAACACUGGACAAGUUCGGAGGACAGAUGCACCUCUGUGACUUCGGCGCGCACUCCGGAGAGUGUCCAGAGGGCAAGAACUGUAUCGGACCUGGCGGUACGGCUUACACUCCUGAUCGCCUGUACGAUUGGAAGCUUUGGACGACCCGAGUUUUCGUUCGGGACUCGCUCAAGGCCCUGUUCCCAGACAGGGCAGAGGACAUCGAGGGGAUGGUGGAUCCCGGGGAAUAUGGUCUUGAGAGCUACUACCUCCGAAUGAUCUGCUGCUUCAUAUUCGUGCUGGGUCUUUGGCCAGAUCUCGCUGGGUCCUGGGACAUACUGGCGCUCCUGAUCGGUGUGCCGACGAAAUCGGAACCAUGGAUAAUGGAGACAAACUGGGAGGAGCUGCGCAAGCGAGAGCACAGUGAUGACAAUCCCGAUGACUGGCGCAUGGACUUUGUUCGAUUCCGAGUCGCUGGUGUUCCACUUCAUUGGAAAAUCAUCAACUUCUUCUUGAUCCUGUGCCCGAAGAUGUACAUAUGGAUAUUGACUGUUGACAUCGGCAUCGUUUUCCUCAUGGAGACUUCCGAGAUAGAGGACAUGAUCAUCAACUGCGUGGCACUUGCGUUCAUCCUGAACCUGGAUGAGCUCACGAUGUCGAUGCUGCCGAACCAGACAAAGGCUAUUCUUGAAAUGUUGGAGGGCUGUCCCUCAGCCAAGCCGCAACAGAUCUCUUUGCAAGAUGAUUUCGUCUUGCACGAGGAGGGCAAGCGUUGGAGCUGGUUCUCGCCGGGUCUCUAUGGCUAUAUCAUCCCAGCCCGGCUCUGCUUCCUUCUUGCGGUGACUGCGUUUUUCCUUGGGAACUACUACCUGGAAGCCUGCAUCCGAUUGGAGGAUGGCUCCUGGGUCUCGAAGGACCUUCACUUGCCACGCUCAGACAGCUUGCCGUUUCUGACAUUCCUGUUCGAGCCCUUUCCACGUCUGUUUCCCGUGGACACGGAGGAGGAGGCUGCUUGGAAGUUCCACAUUGUGUUCGAACUCGAAGUUGUUCGAAACUACAUGAAUCAGAGGUGCGCGAGUCCGGAUGCUGCCAGGAGUGAGACUUGUGCUGGCUCCGGAUCACAGAGCAAUCAGGACUUCGCUGCAGGUUGCGGCCUCCUCGUAGUCGGGGCAUUCUUCCUUUGCCUGGCGUGUCAGAUGAGCGCUUGGAUGGAAACUGCCGUGAAGCUGAUUCAGUGGUCUUGCAAGUGCAUCUUGCAUACGCCGAGCCUUUUCCUGGCUCCUCCAAUCAUCGUAGCAUUUCGAGGCCUGGCAACCGUGUGGGGAGUCUAUGUUGCCGUGCUGCUGGUAACGGCAGGCAUCUCGAACUACAAGUGGUCCCUGAACUACGACAUAGUAGACCAGGACUUUGCCAGUUGGCGUGGGAACCGGCAGUUCGCCCUUUCGCCAAACGAGUGGAUGUGCUUGCUCUUUACCGUUUUAAUGAAUAUCUGGGUGCAAGGGAUCAUCUAUGCCUUUUGCGAGUUUGUGACUGUUUACACCAGUCAGAUGUGGUACUUCUCUGGGGGCAUGAGUAACCAGGGGUCUGCGCCCGUUUUCUCGCUCUUCAGGGCCUGCUGGGUGGCGGUGCGCUACCACCUGGGAAGCAUCAUAGCUGGCGGCCUCAAAAUCAUGGUCGCCACGCCUUUCCACUUCACCUUGGGCUGGAUAGAUGCAGCCACCAAGUCCAAGUACAAUCCGGUCGGCAACAUCCUCGGUGGUUGCUGUGAUUGCUGCCUCAACGUUUACCGCAGGGCUUUCGGGAACAUGACGCGGCAUGCUUUCCUGGACGUGAGCUUGCAGGCCAUGCCAUUCAACCAGGCAGCUGAGCAUGUUCGCGAGAUCCUAGCUCAGGAGGUCGACCUCAGUGCACAGCUUCUCUUCGUGACUGUGCCCACCUUAGUCUUCAUACCUGCAAGGUCCCAUCCACCCAUGUACUGCUUGUUUGUGGCAUUUCUCAAGUAUGCAAGCUGUCAGAUAGGCCACGACGGUGGAGGCCUGGACAUCAUCCUGUCUGCAAGAAAACUUACCCAACUGGGUCUUUCUUGCUCAGUCUCCGUCACAGGCAUGCAAGAAGAAGAAGACAGCUCGCAGGGCUCUGUGGCCACGGCACCAGAAUGGUCCAGGGAAGCAGCGCACGGUCCUGUGGCCCGUCUGCUCAAGAGCGCAGAGCACGCUUGCAUGACCGUGAUAGCAGUUUGCGACGGAGGUGCGGAGCUUCCCUUUUGUUUCAGUUUGCGAAUUCAAGUGGUCACGUUCUGGGAAUGCAAGAGAAAAUUAUGCCAGGAGCCCCUGCAAUACUGUCACACUCGUGUCAUGUGCAGAUGCGGCAAGCUCCUGUCUUUCUUGGGUGCGCUCCUGUGGCGGCGCCGCCGGCGGGCAGUCUUGGGCCGGGAGGACAUGUGCGAGCGGAACUUGCAGGUUGAGUCUGUCGAAGCUGAUGCGUGGAUUUGUUUGAUUCCUGGCAGCACGCCGGUGACUCGAGUCGAGGACGCCCCAGGAAAUGCACGUCGGAUCUAUACUGGCAUCGACAUCCGUGCAAGCGUUAACGAUGUUUGGGAGGUGCUCACCGACUACGAGGGCCUGGCCCGAGUGGUGCCCAAUCUGGCGGAGAACUCCAUCGUGGAGGGCCCCGAUCGGCAGGGUGGUGCUCGCCUGUGGCAAAUAGGCCAGGCAUCUUGGACGAUUUGCGGCAAGACUUUCCACUUCCAAGCCGGGAUGACGCUGGAUGUUCGACUGCACCCCGAAGGAGUUUGCAGAUCUGGCGUGAAGGUUUGCGGGGAAAGAAUGGAUGCGGCUCACAUGUUGAGCUCAGAGGUCAGAGCUCACGGCAGGAGAGAGAAGCUUAUCCGGGACGUUUUUCCCAGGCCAUUCUCGGUUGCUGCCGAAGGAGUUCCGGUUCGAGAUAUCACCAUGCAGAACGUCCUCGGCGCACGUGGGGACUUCGUGCAUUACCAGGGGGUAUGGCGACUGCAGCCUCUCCAGGGCUGUGCCGGACCAGGAGAGGAGAUGAUGCGUCUGACAUUUGCAGUCGAAUGCCAGCCGCAUUGGUUUCUCCCGGUCGCGCCAGUCGAGGGCCGCAUCGCCACGGCCCUCGCCGAGAACAUGGAGGCGAUCCGCGACUUCGUGGAGGAACGGCUUGAUGGCAUGGAGUCGGUCACGGCAGCGUCGCAGCCUUCAGGGCCCGAAACGGCCAAUGUGGGCCACUCCCGUCUGCCGUCGCAGUCGGAGUCGGCAUGGCCCCAGUUGCCCCAGGAAGUGGAUUCCCUGGCUCGUGCAGCUCACUCCUUAUGGGAUUCUUUGUUUCCCGACACUGCCCCGCCUCAGCCGCAGCCUGCACUUGGUGUCCGCUGCUUCGCGCCGAGGACGCCUGCUGGCAACGGUUCCCGCUUCAGUGGAAUGGUGGCCGCACACAGUCGAGCACAUGCAUUGCCUCGAACAAGACGACGGGCCACCGCAGCAGAGCUUUGGUGUAUGACAGAAGCCGUCGCAGAUGCCUUGAACCGAGCAGAGAUGCGGCUUAUGGAGCGGGCCGAGGUUGGAGUCGCGUCGGAAAAUGCUGCUGGAGCCUUGAGCUCCAUUGCUGCCAGCAUGGCAGAGGCAUCGGCUCCACUAGCCGCGACAGCGGAAACCGCUGCCAUCACCGUGGCCGGACUCGAGGCCGAGACCGUGCUUACCGCAUCUGCAGUGGCUGCUGUGGCUGCCAUUGCUGCCAGGUCGGCUGCUCAGAGGAGAGUUGAGGAGGCGGAGCUGGAGCUGUCGAAUCAGGACCACACGGUGCAUUUGCAGAAUGCCUGGCGGGCGGUGCUUCGACAGCACCCGGAGGCAGUCUUAGACAACAAUUUCCUGGGUGAGCCCUUCGGCUUCGAAGAAGUAAAGCAGCGAUGGCCUCGCCUGGUGCAAACUUUGGGCGUCUCGGAAGACCAGGCUUUGAAGAUCAUCGAGGCAGAUGCGACCCCUCUGCUGGUCGAGUCCGAUGCCGUCUCUGAAGUCUUGGCUCGGCUAGCUGCGAUCAGCUCAAGGGAGAAGGCCCUGGAGCUCGUGCAUCGCAGCCCUUCUCUCCUGGCUGCUGCGAUGAGUGGCAAGGCCAAAAAUGGCAUAGCCGUUUCCACGCUGGUCGACAUGCUCUACGCAGGUCGCCUGUAUAAGGUGCUAGAAGAAGAAGGGCGGUCCAAUGCGGGCAAGUUAGCCGAAAUCGAGCUGUAUGCGAACCUUUUGUCUGCCUUUCGGCCUUGUGUGGAUCUCGUCCUCUCGGGGCACACGGCCAGAGAUGCAAAGGAUGCCACAAGGAGAAUCUUCCGAUCGCUGCAGGACUGCGCGCCGAACGAGUCCAUUCGAGUCCUUCUGCAACGGGUCGCUGCUGCUGCAGAUCCCUGGUCUUACCUGGCCGACCAGACGCGGGCCGGCUUCUCGAUUGGAAGCCGGUUGGUGGUGGAGCCAUCUCUGACCAAGAAGAUUCUUCCGCACUCCACUUCAAUCGUGAGCCAUCUUCCCUCCAUCUACACGAGGCUGUCCAUCCUUGGGCCUCAUGUGCCCGGUAUCGUCCGAAUUUUGGAUCAGUACUUGGACAUCGUGGAGCCGCAUUUAGACCGAAUUAUGGAGAGAAUGGACCGGAUCGAGCCGCACUUGCCGUACAUCCUCCUGCACCUGGACGUGCUGGCAAAGCACUGCGGGCCUUUAUUGGACCACUUCGACUUGCUUAUGCCCUAUGCAGAACUAGGUCGUGAUCGGAAUCUUCCAAACUUGGACCAAUGCUUUGAUGAGCCGCAAGUUGCGAAGAUGGAGGAGUGUCUCGUGGACAACCUCGUGGACAACUGGGAAGGCUCUGCAGCAGCACGCGUCGAGGAGAACUCUUACCUCCCCAAGCUGCUACCAUAUGUGGACUACCUGAUCCCGCGACUUGAUCAGCUGGCUCCACACCUGCCCCUUGCCCAUCCGCACUUGCCCUAUGUCCUCCCAUUUAUGGACGACCUGCUGCCGUAUAUCGAGCGCUUCGUUCGCUUUCCCCAGGUAUCGAAGAAUGCCGAUGUCCUCGUUGGAUACCUUGGAUGGCUUCUUCGAGUACCCUUGAUCCCCAGGAUCUUGAAGUUGCCCCUGGUGCCUCGCAUCAUCGCUUGGAUCAGCGUGCGCCUUCCGCGACGUCCGAUUCAAGGUAAGCUGGAGAGAAUCAGGUUGCGCUACGAGGAAGCUGAGCGUCGGCAGGCUCGAGUUUGCAGGGCAACCGGAAGCAAAGAGACUAGCAGUGUAGGAUCAGAUACAACAUCUGUGCCACCCUGGGUCAUGGUGGAGGACCUGGUGAUCGUGAGUGGCAAUGUGAUACCACGUGAAGAUGGUGUGGCUGUAUUCAGCCUUCACUAUGCCUUGCUGUCCUGCAGGGUGACUGCGCACCAGGAGAGUGCAGAGAGCAAUUUCGCAGUGCAAGAUGUUCUGGACAGAGCCUGCGCGAGCCGGUGCCGGGCAGGCGAUGGGAUCGUCAUCUCCUUUGACCUAGAUGAUACUCUCUGGCCCCUGGUGGACGUGGUUAAUCAGGCCAACGGCGAGGUGGCAAGGGACAACAAGUUGUUGGCUGCUGAUGACGUGAUGGCUGCGAUGCGCCGCAUCCGGUCUACCCCUGCAGGGGCAAAUGCCAGCUACACCUGCUUACGUCGUCAAGCUUACGAGGAGCUCCUGGGAGGUGACAGACGUUCUGCAGAGCGCAUUCUGAAACAGUGGAUCAGAGCAAGGGGUGAUGCAGCAGCAUCCUGCCUCUACCCUGAUGUGCUGGAAAGCCUCGAAGGCCUGUUAGCUUCGGGGGCCAUCAUUGGGGCGAUUACCAACGGUGCCGGCAAUCCGCAGCAGAUCACGAAGUUGGCUCCCUUCUUUUCUUUUUGUGCUUCCGGUGAAGAGGAUGCCAUCUUCCCUCACCGGAAGCCGUCUCCGGUCAUUUUCGAAGCGGCUGUUGCGAGAGCACGAGAUUUGGGCUGGAGUGGCAGUCUUCAGUCAUGGUGGCAUGUGGGCGACGAUCCAGCGACGGAUGUCAGCGCUGCUGCUCGCGUCGGCCUCCGGACCGUGCUGGUAAGCCGGCCUGGAAAAGCGGAGAAUCGCUUUUCCGUGACUUCGGCCGCAGAGCUUGCUGCGCGUGCUGCUGGAGCGGAUCGAAAGGCGGACCUGACCGUCUCCAGUUUGCAGGGGCUUGCAGAGAAGAUCCGGGCAGCAUCGAAAAAGUCGGCCUCCACUGCUUACUCAGCCUUUGACCUGUACCACGGGCUGGCGUAA